CGUCGCGGCCGCCAGCCCUCACGGGCGCGACGCCCUCGCGUCAAUUCCGUCGCGCACCGUCACAAUAACGUGCCACCCUUAACUAAAUUAACUUUGUUUACUUAUUGUUAUACCUCGACCUCUCUCAAGCACACACAAUAAUCAAUGUGAGGGUUCGUUCAAUUUACCUACGAUUUACACAAAAGUUGAUAAACUCUAAACUCGAUAAAGUUGAUGUUAACGUUAUGAGACUGUGAUGUAUGAGUGGAAAAACACAUUUUUUUUGUUAGUGCUGCAAAGAAGCAUUAAUGAAAACAUAAUCACUCGUUAACUGAAACAAUGAAAAUUCAGGGACGGAAGCGUGAGAGACGAAUCGCGAUCGUACGGCUACGUCAGAAGAACUGGAAUAGAUUUACGUAUACUAAACGUGAAAUUAAAGGAUAAACAAAUGAAGUUCGAAGCGAGCGCCAUAAUAAUGAAACAACAGUCCGCACCAAGAGGUGUCAAACAGCAGACACGGUCGGCGUGACCCGGCUCUGAACUGGGGCAUACUUAUCGAUAAGCGUGCCCUAGUUAACCGGAUUCGCUGCGGAGACGUUGCGGCAGUGCAUUUCGGUGAAGAUCGUCGAGGAAGAUGUCGAGCAAGUCGUUCACGUCCGGUAGCAUGCGGUCGUGCGCGGGCUCGAUGCGACUCGGCACGACCUCCGGGCACGAGCUCGUGUUCGACUCACUCUACGAGCGGAAACGCGACAAGAAAAGUGUCCGCGUGCUAACUGUCAUCAUUUAUGUGUUCUGCGUGUCACUCGCUGCGAUAAUGCUCUCUCUCUACUACGUCUUCUUCUGGGAGCCUAAGGACGCGCAAUACGCGCAACGAAAGGUGUUACUUAAUGUAGAGAAGCAAACCAGCACUACACCAUUGCCCACAUGCUUAAUGCCCUACACCGGAGGAGGCGAUACCCCAGUGAAUGAACACACACCAUUAACAUCAAAUAGCUUUACGAUUCCCGCGAACGAGAGUGUUUCGACAACGCCAGCUAACCAAACUAACCAAACUAUGAACGAUAUAGAAGAUCUUACAGAAUCUGUUUACCCAAUCAACGGCACUACAAAUGACACAGGCUCUUUCAAUUAUACCGAGAGCAUCACAUGACGACCAAAUAGGGAUCACAUACAACAAAUCAACGAGAAGACAUUUUUGUAGCAUUUAUAUUAUUAUAAGUUUUGUAAUUUGUCCCAAGUGCCAAGGGUAGCACUGGAAUUUAGAAUGAAUUUAAAAUUCCAGUGUUAUGGCAGAAGAAAUAGAAACUUCAAUAUUUUUUGAUAAUUCUAAAAAUGUACAAAUAUAUUGAAUAAUGUAUGGAUUGUUUUCUGACGCUUUCAAUAAAUCAGUCUAACGAAUGGUCAGUCUUCGUGUACAUGUGAACCCAAUACAGGUAAUAACAGUAGGUCGCCUUCUUAAUCUAGGAAUUCGGAUUAAACUUCCACUAGAUGUCAUAUCAUGUAACAUGUACCGGAAGUGUUAUCCGAAUCUAAUAACUUCGUUAAAUAUAUUUAGGUAUUAUGAUUACCGGAGUCUGUAUGGUCUUGUAUGUGUUUUCAAAGCACAUAGCACGGGAGAAAAUUCUAGAUUGGGAUAGUUACAUUGGGAACAUUUAACUUUAACGUGAAAGAAAAUGAAUUAAAAAUACUUUCCUAUUAUAUUAUUCAAUGUCACGGUGUAAUUAAUAAGUAUCAUUUUGAGUAAUUUAUUCACUGAGAUUCCAAUUUAUUGUCGAUGAACUCUCUACCGUUCUACUUUUAUGUAUCUACCUACCCUACCCUAUCCUACCCUAGUUCUAUUUUUAGGAAAAGUAGAAUAUUCCAUAUUUAUGUUGGAGUCUUUUGAAGUCGAUUAAUAUUAUAUAGGUGCAAAAAAAUCAAAUUAUUACAAAGUUUUUAGAAUAUGCGAAUAAGGCGUAUUAAGAGUAAGGAUUCAUGGAGCAUAAUUUUCACAAUAUAUAAUAAAUAGUUUACAAUUCUCACCGGGCUGUCUAAUGUCGAUAGUACAUAGAAACUAUCAAGUUCCAAAAAUAAACUAUGGAUCCCAUAUGGAUCCCUUCAUUAUGAAGCCGGCUAACUAUACAAAAUUUUAACCCUUGUUUUAAAUAGCACAAAUUGCAUUUAGGAGUUGUCUGAGUGAGAUAUUCACAGUGUAAUUGAAACUGGGUACCAAAAACAAAAAAAAAUGAUCUCAAAUUUACAUGUCGCAAUUAUCAGGCAUACAAAUAAAAACUUACUACUAAAAAUUUCGUGAGCUAAAUUCACAUUACCUAUGUUAAAACGGCUCACACUUUAAGUAUUAUGUAAUAGUACAUUUAUACUUUUUGUAGGUCCCGUGAGAUGAGAAUAAGCCCGAACAAGAAAAUAAUAAUUAUCUGUACGUACAUAUAUGUAAAAACGCUGUGUUCUCUGUCAAGCUUAUAUUCUAAUAAUUAUACGUAUGUACAUAUAUAUACAGUUAUUUAACGAAAUAUAUUACUUAUUCGUCCGCUUUAGAAUUUAAUUUUGUAUGUUGUUGUAUAA